CGGGCAGGGGGCGGGGAGGGGCCGGGCCGGGCGGGCCGGGGUGGGGGGGAGCGCCGCGCCGGGCUCCGGGCCGGCCGGGCUCCGCGCCUGUCAAACCCCUCAUUGUUCGCAGCUGAUGUCACUCGCAGUUGUGAGCGGCCGCCUCUCCCGGGGACAAUGUGGGACUGAGCGGCCCAGCCGCCGCGCCGCCGCCGCCGCCGCCGCAGGACAGCCCCAGAGAGAGCCGGCCCGGUGCAGCGUGGACGCAUUCCCCGGCCGCUGUGGCCCCGGCCCCGCCUGACAGGAUGAGCGGCUCCGACACGGGGCUGGAGGAGGAGCCGGAGCUCAGCAUCACGCUCACGCUGCGGAUGCUGAUGCACGGGAAGGAGGUGGGCAGCAUCAUUGGGAAGAAAGGAGAGACUGUAAAGAGAAUCCGGGAACAGAGCAGUGCCCGGAUCACCAUCUCUGAGGGCUCCUGCCCCGAGCGCAUCACCACCAUCACCGGCUCCACCGCAGCUGUUUUCCAUGCAGUCUCCAUGAUCGCCUUCAAGUUGGAUGAGGAUCUUUGUGCCGCACCUGCUAACGGGGGGAGUGUCUCCAGGCCACCAGUGACCCUGCGCCUGGUCAUCCCCGCCAGCCAGUGCGGCUCGCUGAUUGGGAAGGCUGGCACCAAAAUCAAGGAGAUCCGAGAGACCACCGGUGCCCAGGUGCAGGUGGCCGGGGACCUGCUUCCCAACUCCACGGAGCGUGCAGUCACCGUAUCUGGGGUUCCUGAUGCCAUCAUCCUGUGUGUGCGCCAGAUCUGUGCUGUUAUCCUGGAGUCCCCACCCAAAGGAGCCACCAUCCCGUAUCACCCAAGCCUCUCUUUAGGGACUGUCCUUCUCUCUGCCAAUCAGGGCUUCUCUGUCCAGGGUCAGUAUGGGGCUGUGACCCCAGCCGAGGUCAGCAAGCUGCAGCAGCUCUCUGGCCACGCCGUUCCCUUUGCCUCACCCAGCAUGGUGCCAGGACUGGAUCCUGGUGCCCAGACCAGUUCACAGGAAUUCUUGGUUCCUAAUGAUCUCAUCGGCUGCGUGAUUGGGCGUCAGGGCAGCAAGAUCAGCGAGAUCCGGCAGAUGUCAGGGGCACAUAUCAAGAUUGGGAACCAAGCAGAGGGCGCUGGGGAGCGGCACGUGACCAUCACUGGCUCGCCGGUCUCCAUCGCCCUGGCCCAGUACCUCAUCACUGCCUGUCUAGAAACGGCCAAGUCUACCUCUGGGGGGACGUCCGGCUCGGCCCCUGCAGACCUGCCUGCCCCCUUCUCACCACCCCUGACCGCCCUGCCCACGGCUCCCCCAGGCCUGCUGGGCACACCCUAUGCCAUCUCCCUCUCCAACUUCAUCGGCCUCAAGCCUGUGCCCUUCUUGGCUCUACCACCUGCUUCCCCAGGGCCGCCUCCGGGCUUGGCGGCCUACACUGCUAAGAUGGCAGCAGCCAAUGGGAGCAAGAAAGCUGAGCGGCAGAAAUUCUCCCCCUACUGAGGCUGGCAGAGGCGCAGGCGCAGGCGCAGGGGACCACUGGCAGGGGGCUGCCUCUGCACCCCACCUGCCCAAGGAAACUCCAAAUGCCGCUAAUGCCCAGACGCAUGGAUGCACCCCCUCACCCUGCCCCAGCCAGCGGGGAGGUCCUUCUCUUGGAUGGGUGCAGAUAUGGGCCCAGGGCUCUGGGAGCUGCAGCAGCACCAAGAUAGGGGUUCUACCCCUCCCCCAGCCCUGUGCUUGGAUGCAGGGAGCAUCCUUAGUGCUUUGGGAGGGGAAAGGGAUUACUUAUGCCCUCCCCACUCCUUAGCGCUUCCUAGCUUACUGCCCCUCCCUCUGGGGGGAUCAGGGAGGAGGGCUGGGGGCCACGCUUCUCACCUCACCUCCCUGCAGAUUCCUGCUGCUUCCACUGAUACCUUUUUGACUGGAAUGGACUGGCUGGGGCUGGCAGAGGGCAACUCAGAGAGGGAGC